AUGAGGGUGCUAAAUUCGCACGUGCUCCUCAUGGAUCUCCACUACCACCCUCACGUGCCAACCUCAUCCCUCGCCUUCCUAAAAAGCUCCCACUUCAUAUCCUCCCUCCGUCGACGGCCAACAGCUAUCCGAUGUACGGCGUCACCGGAGAUUCGUCGCCCGUCCUCCGACCGCUUCUACGGCUCCUCGCCGUCCACCUCGCGCCCGGAGGACCUCAGUCUCUUCCUCGAGCUUCUCCCCCUGAAGAUGCGAAGGGAACUCUAUCGCCACCGCGAAAUUGGAGGCCUCAUAGAGGUCGUCAUGGAUUUGGGGAGAAAACCUCUCGCCAGGUUUCCCUCCGGCGACUGGGUCAUCUCGGAACAACCCAUCCAGCACGAAGAUUUGGGCCACGCCAUUUCCAAGGUUGGUGAGUUUUCUGAUGACAACCGGUCGGGUAUUGAUAGGUCGUUGCAUCGGAUCAGUGCGAUUCGCAAUCGGAAAAUGCAAAUCAUUGGACUUACUUGUCGAGUGGGUCGAGCUGUGAGUGGUAGUGCUGAAAUCAUACGUGAUUUGGUGGAGGAUGGAGGUUCUAUCUUGGUCAUUGGACCUCCUGGAGUCGGCAAAACAACUUUAAUUAGAGAGAUUGCUAGGAUGCUGGCAGAUGAGUUCAGGAAGCGUGUUGUAAUAGUGGAUACGUCUAAUGAAAUUGGAGGGGAUGGAGAUGUUCCUCAUACAGGAAUAGGCAGAGCCAGGCGGAUGCAAGUUCCAAACGUGAAUAUGCAGCAUAAUGUUAUGAUUGAAGCAGUUGAAAAUCACAUGCCGGAAACCAUUAUAAUUGAUGAAAUUGGAACAGAACUUGAAGCAUUGGCAGCCAGUACCAUUGCUCAAAGAGGUGUUCAAUUGGUUGGAACUGCACAUGGAAUGACCAUUGAAAACAUAAUAAAAAAUCCUUAUUUACAGAAUCUUGUUGGUGGCAUAGAGAGCGUAACCCUUGGGGAUGAGGAAGCCAGGAAAAGGAAAGUGCAGAAGACAAUUCUUGAACGGAAAGGACCACCUACGUUUUCAUGUGCUAUUGAGAUGAUAUCUAAAACCGAAUGUCGUGUUCAUCAUAGAUUAGAUGCAACUGUCGAUGCCAUUUUGGCAGGCAAACCUCCAUUAUUUGAAGUCCGUCAAUGGGAUGAUUCUGCCAAUGAUUUGGAAAAAUAUGCUCCAGUGCGUGAAGAAAAUCUCGGAGAAGCAUCUGAUUUAACCAACAAUAAUAUCACAAGUUCUGACAGUGAAUCUGGUAAGAAUGAUAAAAACCAUGCACGGACUUGGUCCACAAAAUGGAGUACUCGAGGACCUGUGAUUAAGAGGAGCUCACCAAUGCAAGUUUAUACAUAUAAGAUUCUCGAAGCUGAUCUAUUACAAGUAGCAAAGGUAAUGGGGCUUGAAGAUGUAAUAGAUGUGACUGAUGAUAUUGGAACUGCUGAUGCAAUUCUAGCAUCCGGUUCUGAGAUACGGCAGAACGCAUGGAUCCGAGGCGUAGCAAAAUUCCAUCACGUACCUGUAUUUGUUAUCAAGUCUAAUACCAUGGCACAAAUGGUCAAGGCAGUACGAAUGAUCCUUGGGCUAGAGUCCUUCGGCCGUACAACAAAUAAGCCACUAAAUGACUACUUGGAUAUUGAAAUUGAGGAUGAUGAGCCGAAACGAAAACCAUCUCUGGAAGAGAUUGAUGCCUUGGAGGAGGUCCGGCUUGCAAUAGAGUAUAUUGUGAUUCCUGGUGGAGAGGCUGUGGAACUUCUUCCUAGACGUUCUGAAAUUAUUGCCUUGCAGCUUGAACUUGUGCAAAGUUACCAGUUGGCUGCUGAAAAAUCAGGUACAGAACAGAAUCCCAGGUUGCAGAUUCUUCCCUUGAGGCUUAAUACAAAAAAACCCUCCAAAUCUAUUUCCGCUGCCGGCAAGAAAACAAGUCCUACCUCUAUUGGUGACAGCGGCAAUGGCACCAGUGUCACCAGGCUUCCUAUUUUGCCUGAAUAA